AGGCCGCGGGCGCCAUCUUGGAGCUUGGCAGGGGCCACACGGGCGCUUUGAUAAAGCCAGGUUUAGGGUCCGGACCUGGGGAGGGAGGGACAACCCCAAAUACCAGCACAGGCUGGGGGUGAUCUGCUGGAGAGCAGCUGUGCGGGGAAGGACCUGGGAGUCCUGGUGGGUGACAAACUGACCACGAGACGGCGGCGUGUCCUGGCAGCCAGGAAGACCAGCGAUAUCCUGGGGUGCACCGGGAAGUGUGGCCAGCGGGUCAAGAGAGGAGAUCCUGCCCCUCGGCCCCGCCUGGAGUGCCAGAUGAGGCCGGUGGUGUGCCGGUGAGGCCUCAUCUGGAGUGCUGUGUCCAGUUCUGCGCUCCUCAGGGCAAGACAACAAGGAGAUACUGGAGAAGCUGUUGCGGAGGGGAAUAAAGAUAAUGAAUGGUCCGGAGCAUCACUAAUGAGAAAGGACUGUGAGAGCUGAGCCUGUUCAUUCUGAAGACUGAGAGGGGAUCUCAUUAAUGCAUAUAAAUAUCUGAAAUCGGUGCCAAGAGGACAGACUUUUCAGUGGUGCGUAGCGACAUAACAAGUAGCUACGAAGUAGUUUAACCUCAAAAUGAGGAAGCGCUUCUUUACACUGAAGGUGGAAGAGCCCUGGAACAGCUGCCCAUGGAGGGCUUUUAGUCUCGCUCUCUGGAGAAAGUCCAAAUCCCCUUGAAUACGUUUCUAUGUCGCCUGCUCUGGGUGACCCUGCCUGGGCAGGGAAAUUGGACUGGGUGAUCUCCAGAGCUCCCUUCCAGCUCUAAUCAUCAUUCCCCGAUCCUGUAACUCCUUUCCCGCUCCCCGCUCCGAGGGCGGGGCGGCCGCAGAGUCCCGCGCAUGCGCAGCCGCCGCUCCCGCCGGUCCAUGGCACAGGCGCGGUCGCGCUGUCCCUGCAGCCGCGGGAGGAGGAGGGGAGGGGAGGAAGAAGAUGCCGGGAAAGCUGAAGGUCAAGAUCGUGGCGGGACGCCAUUUGCCGGUGAUGGACCGCGCCAGCGACCUGACCGACGCCUUCGUGGAGGUGAAAUUUGGAAAUACAACGUUUAAGACAGACGUGUAUCCCAAAUCACUUAAUCCUCAGUGGAAUUCUGAGUGGUUCAAAUUUGAAGUAGAUGAUGAAGAGCUCCAGGAUGAGCCUCUCCAGAUCACAGUUCUUGAUCAUGAUACAUACAGUGCCAAUGAUGCCAUUGGCAAAGUAUACAUAGAUAUUGAUCCUUUGCUCUAUAGUGAAGCAGCCACGGUUAUUUCAGGAUGGUUUCCAAUUUAUGAUACCAUUCAUGGUAUACGUGGGGAGAUUAACGUGGUGGUGAAAGUAGAUCUCUUCAAUGAUUUAAACAGAUUUAGGCAGUCAUCCUGUGGAGUCAAAUUUUUUUGCACUACAUCUAUUCCUAAGUGUUACAGAGCAGUCAUUAUUCACGGGUUUGUGGAAGAACUUGUAGUUAAUGAGGACCCAGAGUACCAGUGGAUAGACAGAAUCCGUACUCCCAGGGCAUCGAAUGAGGCUCGGCAAAGACUCAUUUCACUCAUGUCAGGUGAAUUGCAAAGGAAGAUUGGCUUGAAGGUGCUUGAAAUGAGAGGAAAUGCUGUUGUUGGUUAUUUGCAGUGUUUUGAUUUGGAGGGAGAGUCUGGACUCGUAGUGAGAGCCAUAGGAACAGCCUGCACGUUGGAUAAAUUAAGUAACACAUCAGCAUUUUUACCUGCAUGUAACUCCCCAUCCAAGGAAAUGAAGGAGAUUCCUUUCAAUGAAGAUCCCAAUCCCAAUACAUAUUCAUCAGGACCCUCCACCCCUCUGAAAAACCAAACCUAUUCCUUUUCACCUUCCAAGUCCUACAGUCGACAGUCCUCUUCUUCUGACACAGAUUUGAGUUUGACACCCAAAACUGGAAUGGGCAGUGGGAGUGCUGGAAAAGAAGGGGGGCCAUUUAAAACUCUUUUAAGACAACAGACUCAGUCAGCUCUGGAACAAAGGGAAUUCCCGUUUUUUACCUUGACGACCUUCCCACCAGGAUUUCUUGUCCAUGUUGGGGGAGUGGUCAGUGCUCGCUCAGUGAAGCUCCUGGACCGCAUCCACAAUCCUGAUGAACCAGAAACACGAGAUGCCUGGUGGGCAGAAAUCAGACAAGAAAUAAAAUCCCAUGCCAAAGCAUUGGGUUGUCAUGCUGUAGUGGGCUACAGUGAAUCAACCAGCAUUUGUGAAGAGGUCUGUAUUUUGUCCGCAUCUGGCACAGCAGCUGUACUGAACCCUAGGUUCCUUCAGGAUGGCACCAUGGAAGGCUGUUUGGAACAAAGGAUUGAAGAAGCUUCACCACCAGGUUGUGGAUUUUGCCAUAUUCCAUAUGAUGAAUUGAACAUGCCCUUUCCUGCUCACCUCACUUACUGUUACAACUGCAGGAAGCAAAAAGUUCCUGAUGUCCUUUUCACCACAAUUGACCUUCCUAUAGAGGCAGUAGUUGUUGGGAAGGGAUGUCUUAUUCAAGCCAGGUUGUGCCGUCUGAAGAAGAAAGCUCAGGCUGAAGCAAAUGCAACUUCUAUCAGUAAUCUCUUGCCAUUCAUGGAGUAUGAAGUGCACACACAACUGAUGAACAAACUCAAGCUGAGAGGAAUGAAUGCCCUCUUUGGGCUGAGAAUUCAGAUCACUGUGGGGGAAAAUAUGCUGAUGGGCUUGGCAUCUGCAACAGGUGUGUAUUUAGCAGCUUUGCCAACACCUGGAGGUAUUCAGAUUGCUGGGAAGACUCCAAAUGAUGCCACUUAUGAUCAGCAUAUAUCCCAUAUGCAAAAGAAAAUAAAUGAUACAAUAGCAAAAAACAAGGAACUUUAUGAGAUCAAUCCACCAGAGUUACCAGAAGAAAUUAUUGGGUCUCCCAUUCCAGAGCCAAGACAACGUUCCAGGCUAUUGAGAUCUCAGUCAGAAAGCUCUGAUGAAGUUACAGAGCUUGACCUUUCACAUGGGAAGAAGGAUGCUUUUGUCUUGGAGAUUGAUGACACAGAUGCAAUGGAAGAUGUACAUUCUUUACUGACAGAUGUUCCACCACCUUCUGGUUUUUACAGUUGCAACACAGAAAUUAUGCCUGGUAUAAAUAACUGGACACCAGAAAUUCAAAUGUUCACAGCAGUUAGAGUGUCCAGAUUAAGCAACAUUAACCCAACAAAUCAAACACUCAAUAAGAACUUUAAUGAUCUCUGUGAGAAUCUAUUGAAGAGUUUGUAUUUUAAACUCCGGUCUAUGGUUCCCUGCUGUCUUUGCCAUGUAAACUUUACUGUUGCUCUGCCAGAGGAUGAAUUAGUUCAGAUUGCAGUCACAGCUGUUGCUAUUACAUAUGACAAAAACCAAGCACUACAAGCCAACAAAGCACCUACUGAAAAAUCACAGCAAAGAGCAUCUACAGACAAUGAAGAACAGCUACAAUUUCCCUUGGAACUUUGCUCUGAUUCCCUUUCUUCUCAACCAUUCUCUCCAGCUAAAGAAGUCCUGGAGGGUGCAAGUUCCCACACAGGUAUUCCUGCUGCUCAGAGAGCUACUUCCCUUGAAAAAGCAAGUCCCUUGGCUGAGGGAUACUUACGGCACCGUUCUGUCCCGUCAUGCACCAAUUCCACUGUCUCAGUUGUUAAGAUGACACCUCUUUCCUUUCUCCCUGGGGCCAAAAUAACCAAAUAUCUUGGGAUAAUCAACAUGUUUUUUAUACGAGAAACCACUUCUUUGCGUGAGGAGGGUGGUGUCAGUGGCUUCCUCCAUGCUUUUAUUGCUGAAGUGUUUGCCAUGGUGAGAGCUCAUGUUGCAGCUCUGGGAGGGAAUGCAGUUGUGUCAUACAUAAUGAAGCAAUGUGUUUUCAUGGAGAAUCCAAACAAAAAUCAGGCUCAGUGUUUGAUAAAUGUCAGUGGGGAUGCUGUCAUCUUUGUCCGUGAAUCUGAGCUAGAAAUGCUGCCAGUGCAGCCUUCUACAGUUGCUCCUCAGCCCACAAGUUCUGCAGGAGAUGUCACAACAUGAAGGCAGAACAAGUGAAGUAGUCUCUGCUAAAUAUAAAGAUUAUUUAAAAUGUGGAAAUGUUUCAGUUUGCAUCUUCAAAGUCAGUAUCUCUCCAUGACAUUCACAACCAAAAUCCAGGACAAUCACUUUUUUUUUGUUGUCAUAUAAUUUCCAUAAGUCAGAGCAGUGAACUGGCAGGUGUGCUCUGGUUCUUCUAUUACUAUUCCUGGCCUCUGUGAAACCAGGCAGCAAGUGAGGCACUGACAGGAAAACAUGGAACUGUGGAUGGAAAAACUCUAUUGUAUUUUUGAGCUGUUCAGUGGCACUGUGAUAAGUUGUCAUUCCGAACCAUUUCUGAGUUUGAGUGUUGUCUGAGCUGAUUCUCAGGCCAGGGUGGGAGGGAGGUGCCUGAGAAGUCUGUGUUGGAAACCUUUGAUGAAGAAGGGAAAGAUUUGUGUGUAGGCCAAGAAAACAUGGGCUGGACUCUGAAACUGCAUUACACUUUAGAGUGUGAAGAGGGAAAAGCAGUACCAAAAAGUUACAGUUUGAAUUUCUGCACAUUAAAAGUAUUUUUUCUUGUUUUGUUGUUGUUUUUAUAUUUGGUGGCUGGGGGAUGUUGUCUGUUUUUAAAAUUGUUUCUUAAAAGCUGCCACACCACAAUGCUGGGUGUGAUCCUGGGCACCCAUGUGGUGGGCCAAAACAACCCCAGAACACAACAAGAAGUUCCAGGGUAUGUCUGAUGCUAUUACAAGAUGUUCACUUCAGUACUGAUAAAGCAGGUCUUUUUGUUAUUUAAGACUUUGUGAAAGAAUUGUCCUAAGGUUCAUUUUCUUAAGGCAGGAUCUGUUUCAAGCAAGAUCUAAACAGUCCCCCAAAAAUCAGUUGUGCAGAAGUUAUUCUGCAGCCUCCUUCCUGUUUAAAUGCCUGACUAAUUGGAGAUCGAUGUAUGUGUGUGACACUGGUUCUCCUGCAGGUUGCUUUUGUGUUUGGGGUUUUGUUUGGGGUUUUUUGUUCUUUUCCAGUGCUGUAACUGGGAAAUAAGGGUACUGCAGACAGGAAAUUUGUCAUUUCCAGUAAAAGUCUGAAAGGUGGUGAUACUCUAUUGUAAAAAACAAACAAACAAACAAAAAAAAAAAAGUCAAACAAAAACCUUUGAUUUGAAGAUGCAUUCUUGCUUAAUUCUGGCAAUAUUGUACAUGGAACUUGAACAAAGAUGUAAACUUGAAUGUAAAUAUUCUGUUUAAUGUUGAAAUUAAGCAAUGGCAUGAUUAUUUGUUAAAAUUAAUUAUUUCAUUGUAAAUGAGCAUGAAAAUCAUUCUUGCACAAUAAAUAUCUUUAUAAAAUUUAA